UAUCUCACUCUCCAUCCAUCAUACAUCCAUAUGCGUCUUUUGGAUACCUACUUCUCCUAGAGCGCGUCAGUCCUCCUGGAUCAGUGCAUCCUCCACUUGUCAUCUCCGCUGUUGUCCCUCUGGAAGCUGUCUCUCGGUGAUGAUGCCUGGCUGAAAGGCUCGCAGCAACGUUGAUCUUCCAACCUAACGCAGCGGGACCGACUGAACCAGAGCCUGGUGCUGUUUCUGUUCUUGGAGCGUGGCUCUGCGUAAUGGAUUUACGGUUGACAGAGAAAAGUUGGAUUUUGUGAAGAGACGCUUGGACCCCUAAAAUGGACAGAAUAGGAGGGCGUUUUUAGAAAGGUGCUUUUGGGUUGGAAUCACACCGUGAGAGGAAAUGCACAGAGCGUGGAUACUCUUCUUUCUAAUAGAAGAGGGUUUCGCUCUGGCACAGAGAACUAAAGAUUCCCCAAACGAUCAUGGCGGCCAGAGCCCUAACCAGAACGAAUGUGGCACCUGGGUCCGCAACAUCAACGGCGGGGUGUUCACAUCGCCAAACUACCCCAACACUUACCCGCCCAACAAGGAGUGUGUUUACAUCCUGGAAGCUCUCCCUAGACAAAGGAUUCAGCUGGUUUUUGAUAAGACUUACUACAUCGAGCCAUCAUUCGAGUGCCGCUUCGAUCACAUCGAAAUCCGUGAUGGGCCAUUUGGGUUCUCGCCGCUCAUUAAUCGCUUCUGUGGGGGACAGAACCCGGGCCUGGUUACAUCGACAGGCCGUUUCAUGUGGAUCAAGUUCACCAGCGAUGAAGAGCUGGAAGGCCUUGGUUUCCGCAUUAAGUACACUUUCAUUGCAGACCCUGAUUUCCAUCUGCACGUGGGCGGACUGCUAAACCCCAUCCCAGACUGUCAGUUUGAAAUUGGUGGAUGGGAUGGGGUUAUUCGCUCCAGUCAGGUGGAGGAGGAAGAGAGAGUGAAGCCUGGUGAUGCUCUGGACUGCAUCUGGACCAUCAGGGCUCCUCCUCAGUCCAAGAUCUACCUACGCUUUAUGGAGUACCAGAUGGAGCACUCUAAUGAGUGCAAGAAGAACUUUGUGGCGGUGUACGAUGGCAGCAGUGCAAUCGAGAACCUUAAGGCUAAGUUCUGCAGCACCGUGGCCAACGAUGUGAUGCUGGAUAACGGCGUGGGAGUCGUGCGAAUGUGGGCUGACGAGAAGAGCCGGCUCAGCCGAUUCCGCAUGCUCUUUACUUCAUUUGUUGACCCCCCCUGUUCAGCCAAUACAUUCUUCUGCCAUAGCAACAUGUGUAUUAACAACUCCCUGGUGUGCAAUGGCGUUCAGAACUGUGUCUACCCAUGGGAUGAAAACCACUGCAAAGAGAAGCGAUCUAAGGGGCUUUUUCAUCAGAUCACUAAGACCCAUGGAACUGUCAUUGGAGUCUCAUCAGGCAUAGUUCUGGUUCUUCUAAUCAUCUCCAUCCUGGUCCAGAUGAAGCAGCCAAGGAAAAAGGUUGUAGCUCGCCGGCCCGGUGUUUUCAACAAGGCAGGCUUCCAGGAGGUUUUCGACCCGCCCCACUAUGAGCUCUUCUCUCUGCGUGACAAGGAGAUAUCGUCAGAUUUAGCUGACCUGUCUGAGGAGCUGGACAGCUUCCACAAGCUGCGGCGCUCCUCCACCAUGUCCCGCUGUGUCCAUGAGCACCACUGUGGCUCACAAGCCUCAGUGGCUACUGGCGGUGGCAGCAUGAAGCACAGCCGCACCACCCUGAGCUCCAUGGAGCUAUCCUACCAUAACGACUUCUCCAAGCCACCGCCCAUGAAGACUUUCAACUCCACGGCCAGCUACAAGAAGAGCUGCUACGGCUACAAGCAGCACUCACAGACUCACGACUGCGACCAGCAGGUCAUCGAGGACCGCGUCACAGAGGAGAUCCCAUGUGAGAUCUAUGGCCGUGGAGCAAUAGCUGGAGGAGGAGCCACAGGUGGAGCAAUGGGAGGAGCAUCAGGGAUUGCAGGAGGAGGGAUUGGAGGAGCAGUGGGGAUAACAGGAGGAGUGGCCAUGUCAGGGGGAAUGGGUAUGGCGGGAGGAGUGAGCAUGGCGGGGCCUAGCGGCAUCGCUGGAGGUAUCGGUGGUGGGAUGGCAGGAGCCUGCGGAACCCUUAGUGUCCGUGGCAACAGCGCUCGUAACAGUACGACCAUAGUUGACCCACAACAGCGUUCCAUGUCCAUGGACUUCUAGAUGGUGAACGGAGAAAGAAAAGGGGAAAGGGAAUGCAGAAAGAGCUCAUAUUUCACUCAUGGAAAGGAGAGACGGGAGAAGAGAAGACAGGAGGGUCACAAUAAUCCUUAACUGAUCACUCCUCUUCCUGCUUCUGCCUUUGCUUUCAAAGCAGUAUUGAAACUUUUGCACACUGAAGGAUCUUAUCCUAUUAAAGUCUGAAAGUUUGGAGAAUUGGCAUAUAAGAACAAAGGAUCAAAAAGAGGAAAAAAUAGGACUGCCAGUUCUAUUCUUCAGGAUAUUGAGUGUAUGGGUGAAGGGAGGGUGGAGAUAUCGUGUCUCUCCUCCAGUCUUACACUCAUUCAAUCGCUCCUUUUCAUAAGAGACACAUAAGAAGAGGGCUCAGACCCUGCAGACCCAAGACUGCUCUCUGUUUGGUAGCCUAGAAGACCAGCUAACCACUCAGAAACAAGGAGAGAAAAAGACGAAGACAUCCCAGGACUGAGUUUCUACAUUUAUUCACCUGCCAUGCACAAAUAUAUGAUAUAUAGUGCGUCUUCUAAAAAUUUGAGUCUUUAUUUUUGUCAGUGUACUGUACUGUUAAAACCAGUAUAUAUCCAGCCUCAUGAUGAUGCUUGGCUUUUAACUCUUAAUCUUUUUCAAAUGUUGCUCAGAUGAUUUUAUGAAGAUGACUUAUCCAUGACGUACAGUUAUGAUGAUGAUGAUGAUGAUGAUGAUGAUGAUGAUGAUGAUGAUGAUGAUGAUGAGGAGGAAGUUGAUGAUCAGAAAUAUGAUAAUGAUGAUGACAAUGUUAAUGAUGUGAUAUUACUAUAAUAAUUCUGUAAUUUUCAUGGUUACCUCAAACAUACACAGAAGGUACGCUCCAUUCAGUCUCUCCUCAGGAAGAGCACAUGAAGAGACUGUCUUAUUUUGGUAAGAAAUAGAGAAAAAAAAGUCUAUUUCUGCUCAGUGAGCUUUCUAGCAUAUGGGCAUUCAGGCUAUGAUUGAUGGUUUAUGGAAUGUGAAAUGUUUGGUUGUGAGACCUGGACUGAAUCGAAAUAGCAACCAUCCCACUCCCAAACCCACCCCUUACCAGGAGAAAAUGUAAUUUCCCCAUGAACUGAGUGUGUAAAACAAGCACAACCUGUUUCCCUAAAGAGACAGACAUGUAGCCUAUAUUGGACUCAUUUAUGAUUUUAACCACUGGUUGUAUAAUUUCAUUCUGUUGAAUUAAAUGAGAGCUUACUCACC